CAUGCUGCCUUCAGAGGAUGAAGACGGUGACACGGAAUCUAUAAAUUUGCGCGAGAGAUGUGCUCUUUGUCGUCUAAGUCGUGAAUCUCUUCUAGGUCAAGGCCAACUUAUUCAAUGUCGUUCGCCGAAUCAUCACGUUAUUAAAAAACCGCGAAGUAAACACGGAACAGAAUCAAUCAAAUCAGAUGGCUUGCUAGAAAAGUCAAUCCUCCCAACUAAUAACAACAAACCCCGCUGGAGCAACCAUAUCUCUGAAUUUGACGAUGGCAAAGGCGAACUCGCCGUUAUUGGUUUCUCCGAAGCACCCAAACCCGAAGACCUUUUAGACGACCAGGCGUGUUUUGUAGUUCACCAUUGUUGCGCAGCUUGGUCAGACGGAGUACUGCAGGACAACAACUACGAAUUGCUGAAUGUGGAUAAAGCUGUAAAUAAUGGAACCAAACAAAAAUGCUACUUCUGUAACCGGUAUGGAGCGUCGAUCGGUUGCAGAGUGCCCAAAUGCAUGAAAUUCUAUCACUAUCCGUGUGCGGCAGCGGCUGGAACCCUGCAAAUUUUAAGUGACAUGUCGCUGCUUUGUGUUGACCACUUAGCCCAAGCCAAACCCUCCGAAGUCCUAUGCGCAGUGUGCAAGAGCAUGGGAGAUUGCCAAGACCAAAUGUUCUGCACAAUUUGUGGAAACCAUUACCAUUCCAAAUGUCUCCAGACUUCUAUCACCCCCUCCCCAGAACUGAGAGCCGGUUGGCAAUGCCCUGACUGCAAGCAAUGCCAAACCUGUGGCAUGUCAACAAAUGGAAGCAAGAUGCUAGUGUGUGACGCAUGCGACAAAGGAUUCCAUACAUUCUGUCUUAGACCCAUGUUGUCCUCCCUUCCAAAGCAAAGCUGGAAAUGCGCCAAUUGCAGGUUAUGCGAUGACUGUGGCGCAACAGUUCCAGGAGCAACGACCACAAGUAAAUGGCAUCUGAACUACACGCUCUGUGAUUUGUGCUUCAACCAGAGAAAUAAAGGUGAUUUCUGUCCAGCUUGUUGUAGAGCUCACGAUAGCUUUAUCGAGGUCGCAAUGCUAACUUGCAGCUCCUGCCAGCGAGCAGUACACGGUGAAUGUGAAACAAACGCAGACUCGUUGAUUCAGAAUUGCAGAUCGAACUACCUCUGUCCGUACUGCAGAGGAGAAGUCAAUUUGAGUGAGACUAUUUUGACCGAAGACCAGCGGGAACUAAUUAAGAACAAUGGAAGAUCCAGUUUUGAAGUAGACUAUGCGAAUUCAAACAAUAGCGAUGACAAUAGUAGUGGUUUGUCAACGCCGACCGAAGUUUCGAUUAAAUCGGACGACAGUAAUGGAAUUUACGGGAAGUCGGAACCCCAAGAAGCUCUGAGUCCGUCAAUUGCUGUGAAGCCGUUGCAAAAUUCUUUCCAUCAUUUGCAUGUUGCAAGUAAAAAGAAGUCUGCUAAGCCCGGUUAUCCAAGUGAGAAAGGAGGUCGUCCCAAGAAGAAAACCAGCUGCUCGAGUGGAAACAAGAGGUCAUUAGGAAGAAGUAACAGCAUCACAACACUCGGGUUAGCUGAUGGCGAUGCUUUAAAAGAAGACGAAGAUGACGCCACUAAUUAUUACAAUGUUGUGAUAUACAGUUCGGACGACAAGUUUGUUUCGGAACAGGAUGUGUGUUACAGCUGUGGAAGUUUCGGCAGAGACACGGAAGGUAAAAUGAUUGCGUGUGCCCAAUGCGGCCAGGCGUACCAUUUAUACUGCACGAACUUGAAUUUGUCAAAAGAAGGCUUGAAGAAGGUCAUUGAGUCCGGAUGGCGAUGUCUGGAUUGCACAGUUUGCAAUAGUUGUGGAAACGCCAAUGAUGAAGCUCGACUGCUUCUGUGUGACGAUUGUGAUAUAAGCUACCACACGUAUUGUCUGGAACCCCCUCUUGACACUGUGCCAGUGGGAGGUUGGAAGUGUAAGUGGUGUGUUCAUUGUACCAAAUGUUCAAGAACUACUCCUGGAACAAAUUGUCAAUGGCUGAGUAACUAUACCGAAUGUGGUCCAUGCCAUUCGUCGUCUAAUUGCCCCAUCUGCAACCAGAGUUACGCCGAUGAGGAUCUCCUAGCGUGCUGCGGUACAUGUCAACGAUGGCUGCACGCAAAAUGUGACAACAUCGGCUCCGAGUCAGAACUAGACUGGGCUGUAUCGAAAGGUUACCAGUGUAUUCUUUGUCGACCCAAGCUAAAAUCUUUCGGAUCAGGAAGCGGAGAUAGUUUGGAGAGAGAACAAGUCUAUGACGGGAUCCAACUGUCCGAAUCAGGAGCACAGCAUAUCAAAUCAAUCAACAAUUUUAUUACUAAUCAAUUCAAAAGACGUCAUUCUACUCGAGCCACGACCUCCAUUGGGGCUUCGAGACCUCCCAGGAAUAAAAGUCAGAGAUCCCUCAACGACAAGCCAGAUUACAGUUUUGAUUACUCAGAUGAUGAGCUCCUAUCUGACUCUGAAAUUCAAGCCCAAAAUGAAGUAUUAAAGAGGAGACCGAAGAUGAAAUCAAACGUAGGUAAACUGCUUUCCAAACCCGGUAAACAGGGAAAACUUAUGAAGUCAAAAAGUUGCUUCGACGGCAGAAGCAACGAGCCUUUGACGUACGAUUCUUUUGUUUCUAAUUGCGAUAUCGAUAUCCAAGGUUCUUCGGUAGCCCAAGAAUCGUUUUUCGGAAAAAGUUUGCUUGAAAUGGCUUCAAAGGAAGAAAAACUGACUAAUAUAGUCAAUGAUAACCACCCCUUAUUAAUCGAAGACAAAAAGUCAGAUAAGGCAACCAAUGAUGAUCUGCUGCUGAAUGACGAUGAAUUGAAUCUACCUGUGGACGAUUUCUUAUACGAUAUCUUUAUGAACAACGAUCAUGAUCAGUUCAGCGCACUAGCAGAAGACGUGAUUGCUCCAAACGCAGGAUUGUCGUCCGCAACCAACCAGCAACAAGCGAACCCCGGUGAGCAAAACAGCAUUCUGAAUCAAGUGAACGAGAACAUUUUCACGUCGCAUACCGAUUCUUCUGCGGUUGAAGAAGCUGUCCAACUUAGAGCCGAGCUAAGCGGCGAUAAUAAUGUUGCUCGUCCAACAAUUUCAGUGCCUUCUGUAACGAGCAAAACCAAGCAAGCGACGCUGAACCAUCAAGUCGAAAUGCCAACUACAGUGAAUUGUCUGCCGAACGAAACUCGGGUCAACCAGAACAACCAAAAUCAGCAUUCUACCGCUCCGGCCGUGCAUCAUAUGACCGCAACUCCUGUCGCGAACAACAUAGACACUAUGGAAAUUCACGCAAGACCAGCUGACUCUUCUAAGUUUGCAGCAUACCAAAAUCAAGUUGUGCAAAAUCACAACUCGGCGCCUAACUUGUUCGACGUUGACGGUCUUCUCAACUGCGGAGGCCCUACAGGGUAUCUGAACGUCGUUGACAGUCUUCCACAAAUCGAUUCUCAGGAUGUUGAUGACAUUUUGGCCAUGGACGAUUUAGACGAGCAUCCAUCCGACGGGAAUAUGAUGCCUGCAAAUCAAAAUGCGCCUCCGCCACCAGUAUCGCUGGAAUCGAAUAGUAUGCAGCAACCAUAUCACCACUCGAGCAUGCUCACAAACGCAAACCACCAGGCACCGAGGUUGCAAACAACGGGAAGUUUUGCUGGUAAUUCGUGGGUCAAUGCAAAUGCCGCCACAGUUCCUGUUCUGCAGAAUCAAAGUGAACAGACCAAUGGUCCGAAGAAAAUUGCACCGACUGAACCAAAUGCAUCAAAUGAGUCGGCACAAGAAUCGGAAGAGCAUAAGAACUAUAAGCGAUAUGAAAUUGACGAGCAACUGGGCGAGGACGCGCGCAUAGCUGCUGUGCUCUAUUCGGUCAAGAAGUACCCGAAUCUAAAAGAAGAGUUUCCGAACACGAACGCUCGAAUGAAACAGAUCCACAAGCUAUGGCGAAAAGCGCCUCAAUCGGACAAAGUCCCAUACUCGCAAAUGGCCAAAGACAACCGGGCAAAGCAAAGAUCGAACAAGAAAAAGAAAAGCAGUCCAGCUAAUAAAGACAAAGCCACGAUUCCAAAUAAAGCCUCAAAUAGCCAAGCUUCUGGAAGCCACGUCAUGGAACAACCUUUGCAACAACAUGGAGAAAUGAUCGAGCAACUAGCUCAUCAGCAGCAAUUCAUAGAGCAGCACAUCCAACAAACGGGAACAAUUUCAACUUUUCCACCGUCGAAUGCUCCCCAAAUGUUAGACAUCGAUAAUUCGAUUCAGAACUUUACUCCUUCCAAGAACUUCUCGCCUGGCAAAGUGGGAGCUGGUUCUGGGAUACCACCCAGUGCCAUGACUGAUGGCCAAAGUUUGUCAGACUCAGAGUCGCAUAAACAUCGCCAAUCAGUGCCUUCAUCCUGCUCUGAGCAAUUCAACCAUUCGCCGAUGGGAGGAGGAGAAAUGACUGGUGGUUCUUUCAGCCAACAACAUUCUCCCGCCCUCAGUCAGGGAAGCAUGCCAAAGAAUUCACCCCUCGUGCAAUCUCCACAAAUGCCGCCGCACCCGUCACAGCGCCAACUCAGUUUCAACGAGACAUGCAAAAUCAAUGCAGGUGGCACGCCGACAAAUAACCACAGCGGACCCCCGUCAGACGCCUCUUCUAGCUUAUCGCCGGCACAAGCUACUUCAAACAACCCCUCGGCAAUUUCUCCCCAUGCCGCCAUGUAUCGACAGCCGCCGAUGGCAAUGCGACCGACAGCAGUGCAUCCGCCCCAGUUCUAUCCAACGGGACCGCAUGGAGCUCCAACGGGAUAUGUGAUGCAGCCAGGAGCUGCUGGAACGUUCUACUACCAAGGCAGGCCUUACACCAGGUGGGGAAAUCCAGAAAUGAUGGGCCCUGGUGCUCCUGCGCAGUGGGGACCCAGUCAAAUGCACUAUCCGGGAGCUCCAAGAAAGGCUUACAUGGUGCGACAGCCUAUGUUUCCCCACUAUCGAGGCCAAGGACCAGCAAUUAGUCAUGCUCAAUAUGUGCACUCUCAAAUGCCAGUGCAACAUUGGCCGAUGCAAGCUAGAAAUGUUUCCGGAUCACCCCAUUACGGAGAUAUGUACGCAACUGCUGCUCCUCAGGCCAUGCGCAUGCAACCCCAGCAUUAUGGAGCACCACCAGGUGCGGCAAUGACGUACCAGAUAUCAAACUCGGUAGUCCCAAUGUCAACGGUACCGCAAAGAUCCCCUUCGUCAUCUGGAGGUUCCCAUUCACAGUCGAUGGCGUCUCCAAAUGACAAGCAAAUGAUGAGUUCGGCGCCUACUAUGGAUCCGAUGCAACAUAAACAACCAAAAACAGCAGUUCCUGUUAUUAGCGGCGAAGAGACGUUUGAAUUCGAUUUUUAUCAGCCUCCAAGUGUCCAGAACGAAACUGGCUUUGAUCGGUAUGCAGAUGAAGACUCUGCGACUUCCUCCUCGAGGCCUCAAUCAGCUACUCCUGGAAGGUCUUCAAUCAGACAGGAGUAUCAAGCAGCAAAUACAUUGGCAGCGAGUACUAAUGAGACUGAUAGUCUUAAUCUGGAUCCGCAGUUUUCAGGAGGGAGAGGAGAACUGUUUGAUGUGAACCAACUAGAUGCUAAUUUCUACGAGGCAAUGAAAGAUCGUCCUCCGGGAUCCAAUGCUCCCCUGGUCAUGGCGGGAAGAGCCCUGAAUCAGGCAGCUGCGCUUGCAGUUGCAGAUGUUGUCGAUACACUCAGUGCCAACUAUCAAGCACAAGAGGUAAGCACUUCUACUCCCAUGAGUAGCUUGACUCACAGUCACUCUGCUGUGAGAUCAAGUAGCGUCAGCAGUUCCAUUCAAGACACCUCUUCGAUUCGAAGCACGUCAUCUAAGGUGUUGCGCGAUGAACAACAAAUAACAUCUACUUUCGGAAGCGUGAGAAUGAAUGCGGUAAAUGACAGCAAAGAGGCCCUAGCAAAGUCAAGGUUAGUUUCUGAACAACCUCUGCUGAUUGAGGAUCUUCUGGAACAGGAGCGAAACGAGCUGAAAUGGAAUCAAAAUUCUAUUAGUGUCUCAUUGCAUAGUCCAAGCAGUCAACAGUCAAACUCCAGUGCAACCAAGUCUUUGAAAUCAUCGGAAGUUUCGCCUUCGUUUCCACACAGCGAGAUGUUGCAAAGAAUGGCAGUGUCCAAUCGAGCGAAUCCGCAAAUGCCUAUAUUUCCUGCUCAAGUAAGUCCAUUGGGUCAGCCUCCGAUGGUUCACGUGUACGGAGCACCUGUCAUGCAAAAUGCACCAAUGGGUCAUCAUAGAUAUGCGCCAAAUUUGCAACUCUUUUCGCCCACUCAAUUGGCUCAAAAACAUGCUCAGAAUGCUUCUGGAUUUGGGCAAAACCCUGGUUCAAUGAGUCUGGAUCCGACAAAUCAACUACAAAGUCCAGGUCAGGUUGGAGACCCAAUGGUUAUGUUCUCAAGACAAAUGAGUCAGCCCCAAAACGCCUCUGAAAUGUACAACACUGAUGACCCUUUAGCUGCUAGACUCAAAAAAGCGGAGGAGGAAAUUUGCAAACUCAGAAGAACCAAGAAGCAGUUGGCGUCUAAGCAGAGAGUCGCGAAGAAAAGCGGCAACGAUUUAAGUGAACAAGAACGAAAGAACCUUGAAAAACUGGGAGCCGAUAUAUCGGCUAAAGCUAAGGAGUUAGAUAGCAUCAAGAGAAAAAUUCGAAACGCAAGCGACUCAACAGCAGCAACAGGAUCAAGUGAAUCAGCGGGUCAAAAUGAGGGCCAGAGAGACCGAUCUCAGUCUCGCAAUAGCAACAUGGGACCACCUCAGCAACCAGGGGUUACCGGAAUUUACCAGACUGGGAAACUUCCACCUUCAUCCGCCAAUAAUAUCCCUUUAAACUCGCCCCGGCUCAAAAGACCUGCAAUGGAUAUUUCAACAACGGGAGCUAAUUCUCAAUUGGUCAAUUUGAUUGCGAAAAACGACACAACUCAGAGAGCUACCCAUCAUGAUGCGUUCUCACUGGCAAGUAAUGAGAGCUCGAACCAGUCCUGUUUCGACCAAGACUUCGGACUAAUGGGUGGUGGUGAUUUGCCUUCCUCAAUUUUGGAACCAAGUUCAAAAAGACGCAAGCUAAAGCAAGAAGAGGCUAUGCAACACCAAGGAGUAAUGCCUCAAGAUACGCAGCGUCUGCUUUCCUCCUCUGAUCAGAACCAGUUUGCAGAAGCCUUCUUGGAACCCGUUAAUCCUCAGAGCGAGGAAAUUUUGGCCCAGGAUACUUUGAUUUCCGCGAUCAAACAGUUACAAGAACUAAAACCACAGGAACCUGAUUUGAAAAUAGAAUGGUCGUUAAUAAGUCCAAAGAUUCCUUGGAGUUCGGAGCCUUUAGGACCAAGUUUGCUAACUGGUCAAUUUGGUAAAGGAGUCAUACCAGGAAGGAAGGAUUAUUAUACCGCAUUCCUCAACAAGGAACCCCUGCCUUCAAGUGAAUCGCCCUCUCCAUCUUCUGCGAACUCAAGACCCUCUUCGCCACACGAAAAGUCGGAAGCACUUGAAAGGCAAUCAUCAGAAACUAGAGAACGCGAGGCACAGUGUUCGACGUCUAGUGACGACUCUAAGAAUAGAGCUGACUCAGGAAUUUGCUUAGAAACUUUUGAAGAUAACUUCGCUUCAGAGCAAAAUAGCAACAAAAUUGAGCUCGAGUUUUUGAGUCGAAUUGAUCUGGCGUCUAAGCGACCAUCGGGUGCAAUGUCGCCUUUACUGCAACCUGAUUGGUUCAUGAAGAGUCUAAUCAAAGCAGAGUCCAAGGACCUGGAAGAUACGGAGACAGAAUCAAAUCGUCCUGGAGAAUCAAUUGUUCUGAAGCGCUUUGACCUUGACAAUGCGAAGUUCAGGUCCGUCCAAGCACCACAAGAACUGGAAAUUUCCCUCGAAGUGCGCAAUACAACUGGUCAUCUAACCGAUUUACAAAGUCUGCUGAAAAGGCUGUCACAAAUGCUCUGCAUUGGACCCCUAGAUAACUACAACCUGAAAAAUGUUUCAAAGGAGAACCGACUUCAAGUUGGGUCGGAUGGAGUCCUGGAGUUGCACCUUAACGGAUCCGAUGUUCUGGCCUCUAACCCAGCGUUCUUUAACGGAAGAGACGCGAAGAUUAUGUCGAGACGAUCCCCAGUUGUUGGCAUGCCUUUUAACCCUUCCGCGAAGGUCUGCACAACGUGUAAAGCUCCUCUUGCUCAGAAUAUCAUUGUUAAAAAUUUAAAUGAAAUCUUACCCGAUCAAUCAGAGGAAUUGCAAUUUUGCUCCAAUGACUGUUUCCUCCAAAUGGCCAUUUUAAUCAAACGAAGUCAACUUCGGGCCGGCCAAGGAGAUAAAAGCUUCGAAGGGUUUUCGCUACUGGACAUGAAAGAGUUAGAAAUGAAACUGAGACCAAGUGAGGGCGAUGGAAAUUGCAAUGCGCUCAAAACUGCCAAAAGAUGGGAGAACAUUCGUUGGAAACGGUUCAAGAGGUCCAAUGCCGCCAUUCCGUCACCGAGCACCCAGCAAACCGCAGUUGUGGCAAACGAAGACACCAACGUUGCCAUCGAAACCAUUGAAAGUGUAGCAAUUCAAGAUUCAGAUAGUUCUCCAGUGGUGAUUUCAGCACCAUCCUCUUCAACGACGCAUCCCCAGAAUGUAGGUUUAAAAGAGGAGGUCAUUAAGAUGAUAAACGAGAUCGACGUGUGCUUAACCUGCGAUCAUUCUAUCGACACCAGGAAAUGUCUCUUCUGCCAACAGAUCGGCGACGGCAAACCGAACGGACCUGGAAGGUUGCUGAACUACGAUUGUGACAAGUGGGUUCACCUUAAUUGUGCACUCUGGUCUGAAGAAGUGUACGAGACGACUAACGGGGCCUUGAUCAAUGUACAAGCUGCUUUUAUCAGAGGCCUAGAGCAAGAAUGCAGUCGGUGCGGCUAUUACGGAGCAACAGUGGCCUGCCAUAAGACCAAGUGUCCCAUGGAGUACCAUUUUCCAUGUGCAUUGCUAGUUGGUUGUAUGUUCUUUGUCGACAAAACAGUGUUGUGUCCGCAGCAUAAAUACAGAACGAAAACAGAAACGGUUUUGGAAAAUUUUGAAGCACUGCGUAGGGUGUUCGUUCACAGAGAAGAACACGAAAUCAUUGCUCGUGUGGUCGAACAAACAGAAAGGAAGUUCACAUUCAGGUGUGGAAGCACUGAGGUGACUAAUAUUGGACAGCUAUUCCCUCAUCAGAUGAACUCUUUCCACACUCAAUCUGCCAUCUACCCCGUCGGUUUCAAGACCUCAAGGUUUUAUUGGAGCCUGGAUGAUGUGAACAAGCGAUGCAAGUACUCGUGUGAUAUUGCAGACGAAGAAGGCAAACCUCACUUCUCAGUUUCAUGUCUGAAGUCUUCUGAAAAAGAAACGUCAGCAGAGCUAAAAUCAACCGAAGAGCUAAAGGACAGCUUAGGGAACGAGAAAAGUGAAGUUAGUGAAAUUGAAAUUCAAGUGUUCAAAGGACCAACACCGCGAGAACCGUGGAAAGCAAUAUUGCAAGCUGUGAAUAAAUUACGACUUUCAUCCUCCAGUGCUCUGAAGCUGUUCUCUGAAGCUUGCUCAGGCGAAGAAAUGUUUGGCCUAAACGACGUCCAGAUUCUGAAGAUUUUGGAGUCAUUUCCUAGCAUUGAAUUAUGCAGAAAUUACAACUUCAAGUUUGGAAGGUCGCCUUUAGUCCAUCUACCACUUGCUAUCAAUCCAUCGGGUUGUUGCAGGAGCGAAGCCAAACUGAGGAGUUACAUCAAGCGUCCGCAUUGUCUGACAAGUAGUCCCAAAAAGGGUCCAAGAUCAUCUAUACCAUCUUUGACGUGUUCCUCGGAAACAGAGGGUGUUGCCUACUCUAAACAGUUUGUGCAUACGAAGAGCUCGCAGUACAAAAGAAUGAAGCAAGAAUGGAGAAAUCUAUGUCAUUUGAGUCGAUCCAGGAUCCAAGGUCUCGGCAUGUACUCAUCACGAGAGGUCGAAAAAGGAACGAUGAUAAUCGAGUACAUUGGUUUAUUAAUCCGAUCUGAAGUGGCGGAAGUGAGAGAGAAGCAGUACGACAGAAUGAACCGAGGAAUCUACAUGUUCAGACUUGAUGACGAUUGGGUGAUCGACGCUACGAUUCACGGGGGUCCGGCAAGAUUCAUCAAUCACUCGUGUGACCCAAAUUGUCAAGCCGAGUUGGUAGUGUUUGACAAGGCUGGGGGAGUUGACAAGAAAGAAAAGCGCAUCAUCAUAACCUCUAUUAGAAGAAUAACAAAAGGCGAAGAACUGACAUAUGACUACAAAAUCGAUUUCGAAAAUGACGACAAAAUUCCCUGCAACUGUGGAGCCUCUGCAUGUAGAAAAUGGAUGAAUUAGCCCAAAGAUGAACCCAACUCUAACGUAGCUUGUUAAACUUAACGCUCAGUACAAUGGAAAUGAGUUUACCGUGGAAACGAGUUCGCCGCCAUUAGAUUACAAUCAAAUGCUGUAAUUAUUAGAUGAAUUGUAAAAUUUGUUAGUUAAGAUUUAUAGGCCCCAAACCAUAAACCAUGUCAAGAAAAGGAAUAAGGAGCUGUUUUAAAUUUUGCACUCAAUUCGUUUAAUUUUCCAAUUUUUUGCAGUUAUUGACUAGUUGCCCUCGAAAUGACCGAUGAAAAACGAGCAAAAACGAAUCAGCGCCCAGGAAGCCGAAUGGGAGACAGGAAAACUUAAAAACUUCUGACGAACAAUUGAUAAUGUUUUGGAUGCGUUUUCUUUAUUCUAAUCUUGUUAUUACGCAACUAAGCCUAACUGAUUUUUGACGAAGAUAUAAAUUCUAAAUAAUCUCUAAUUCUUUUAUUCUGUUAUUUUGCCAUUUAAUUCAGUGGCGUCCAAACUUAUUCGUUAGCCUAAAAUUGAUGCUUCAAUUUCGUCUCGUGUAUUAUCACCAAUGUGAAGUUUUCAAUGAAUUUUCAAUUUAUCUACCUUAUAACAGUUUGCUUGAACUCAGUUUAUUAGUGAUUUAAAUUCAACAUAUUAAGUAAAAGUUCUAUAUUUUCACUUUUAACUGAAGUAGUAUACAAUUAUUUCAGCUGAUUUUUGAUAAUUUAUCCCUGUUUGUGGCCGAUUCCGUUUCAGUGAAACAAAUUCUGCAGUUUUGAUAGUAUAUCGUCAAGUAAAGUUGUUUCUAACUAUUUAUUGGAGCAUUUUCAACUAAACCGAGUGAAUUAAACUGAGAUUAUAUGUAUCUAGAUAUUGGUUGUCUUACUCCUCUGAGCCGCCGCCUAAACAAGACAAUACAAUACCUAGUCAACAACUGUGUAGUUUGAUGGUAAGUCACGUGAUGCGAUGAUUACACAGCAGAAGUUCACUGAGUGACUCAUAAUAUGCCCAAAAAGUAACCCGCGAACUUGUUUCUUACUUUAUACUCGACUAAUUACAUAGUAUUUAAUCAUGCUCUUCCUUUCCUCCUAUUUUCUCAACUCUUUUGGACUUAAUUUUGGAUUUGGCACUUCUUAAGUCCCAAUAAGUGAUCGAUCAUUUGUUUCGAAAAAGUUUUAUCGGCUGAUUUUGAAUUUAUCGAUGUGCGCAAUUGACACUGACGUUCGGUUUUGACAUUGUUGAGCUGUAUGUAAAUAUUACAUUGCAUUACAUUAUUAUUAAAGUACAUUACAAUACAUUACUCCUCUCAUGUUGAAAAAUUUUAUGUAUUGGUGAAUUCAUAGAAUAGAUUCUUUUAAUUUUCA